ACCUUUAAUUUCAAAACAGAGAAACCUUCGAGGCGCCUCUCUUUCUCUCUCUAGCCAUGGAGGACCUCGUCGGCAACGCCCUCCAGGCCCUUUACUGGCAAUUCUGUGAACCGGACGACGAACCCAUCGCUUCGCAAGUCUCCCAGUCUUCUUCUUCUUCCUCUCAAGCGUCCACCUCCGACACUUACCUCCUUGGCUUCAUCAUCGCCAACAUAGUCGGACUCCGCCACUAUUCCGGCACCAUCAGCGGCCGCGAGAUGGUGGGCCUCGUCCGCGAACCUCUGAAUCCCUACGACGAGAACGCCAUCCGGGUCCUCAACACCAGGACCAUCCAGGUCGGCCACAUCGAGCGCGACGUCGCCGCCGUCCUUGCUCCUUUGAUUGACUCCAAUUUGAUCUCUGUGGAGGGCAUUGUGCCCAACACUCGCAGCGGCGGGAGCAAGUUCAGAAUCGCCUGCCAAGUUCACAUCUUUGCGAGGGUCGAGGCCUUCGACCUCGUGAAGUCGGCUAUUUCGCGAGGAGGGUUGGUGCUCAUUUCGGACGCGGGUGCUUCUUUUGCCUUGUCGGAGGCGGUCGUGGUGAAGGAGAAGAAGGGUGGGAAGGAGGUGAGGAGUGUGGAUGAGAUUUUUAAGCUGGUCGACAAGAAUGUCGGGAAGAAUGCGAUGAUGGAAGCGCUGGAGCCACCGAGGGAGGUGAUAAAGUCUGCGCUCUUCGAUCAUCAGAAGAAGGGGUUGGGUUGGUUGGUUCAUCGGGAGAAUUCCGGGGAUUUGCCGCCGUUUUGGGAGCUGAGAGAUGGUCAGUACGUGAACGUGUUGACGAACUAUCACACAGAUAAGCGGCCGGAGCCUCUGCGAGGCGGUAUUUUUGCAGAUGAUAUGGGGUUGGGUAAGACUCUUACUUUGCUUUCUUUGAUUGCUUUUGACAAAUUUGGUAGUUCUAUACUAUCUGGAUUUCGGUAUGGUAGUCUUGGUGUAAACAGUGGUAGUGAACAAUGUGGGGAUGACGAGGUUAGAUCUGAUUCGGCUAACAGAAAGGGUAAGAGGGGUAGGACGAGUAAAGGGGUUUCUCAGUCUCAAAAGAAGCGUAAAACUCGAAACACUGGUUCGACUAGCAAUUGGAAGGCAACGUCUUGGAGUGUAGAUGAUGAGAUGUCUGAUGCGCCAAGUACCAAAUCGACAUUAGUUGUGUGCCCUCCAUCUGUGUUUUCCACUUGGAUUACACAGCUAAGUGAGCAUACUAUACCUGGGAAGAUGAAAGUGUAUAUGUAUUAUGGAGACAGGACGAGAGAUGCCGAGGAGCUUAGGAAAUAUGAUAUUGUGCUGACGACAUAUACCAUAUUGGCUACUGAGGGACCUUGGGAAGAAUCUCCUGUGAAAAAGAUAGAGUGGUGGAGAGUCAUUUUGGAUGAGGCUCAUCUGAUUAAGAAUGUGAAUGCCCAACAGAGCCAAGCGGUCACUAACUUGAAGGCUAAGAGGAGGUGGGUGGUAACUGGCACACCUAUUCAGAAUGGUUCGUUUGACUUGUUCUCGUUGAUGGCAUUUUUGCGGUUUGAGCCUUUUUCUAUAAAGAGUUACUGGCAAAGCUUGAUCCAGCGUCCUCUCAGCCAAGGGAAUCAGACAGGCCUUUCACGUCUCCAGGUUCUGAUGGCCACCAUUUCUCUACGAAGGACAAAGGACAAGGGUUUGAUUGGAUUACCCCAAAAAACAAUAGAGACUUGUUAUGUCGAACUUUCUCGUGAAGAACGUGAAUUGUAUGACCAGAUGGAAAGAGAGGCCAAGAGUGCUGUCCAGGAAUGUAUCAAUGCUGGUAGUUUGAUGCGAAAUUACACUACUGUGCUUGGUAUAAUCCUAAGACUUAGACAGAUAUGCAUUAGCAUGGCUUUGUGCCCUCCAGAUCUGAAGUCGCUUCUCCCAUCUAACAAUAUUGAAGAUGUAUCUAAUAACCCAGAGUUGCUGACGAAGUUGGUUGCAGUGCUACAAGAUGGUGAAGAUUUUGAUUGCCCAAUAUGCAUUUCUCCAUCUACUGAUCUCAUAAUUACUUGCUGUGCUCACAUCUAUUGCCGAGCCUGCAUUCUCAAGACUCUACAGAACUCAAAAAGGAACUGUCCCCUUUGUCGCGGUCCUUUGACCGAGUCUGAUUUGUUCUCUGCUCCAUCGGAAUCAUCUGAAAGUGGCAAAGUGGAAAAUUGUUCGGAAUCUGUUUCUUCUGCCAAAGUUACUACUCUUUUGAAACUCCUCCUAGCAGCGAAGGACCGAAAUUCGACUUCAAAAUCAGUUGUGUAUUCUCAAUUUAGAAGAAUGCUAUUACUUUUGGAAGAGCCGCUUAGAGCAGCCGGUUUCAAGAUCUUGCGCUUAGACGGUUCGAUGAAUGCAAAAAAGAGGGCACAAGUGAUCGAAGAGUUUGGAGCACAGGAGGAAAGUACAACCACCGUGUUGCUCGCCAGCCUCAAGGCUUCUGGGGCCGGUAUAAAUCUGACGGCUGCAUCAACGGUUUAUCUGCUAGAACCGUGGUGGAACCCUGCGAUCGAGGAGCAGGCCAUGGAUCGAGUUCAUAGGAUCGGGCAAAAGGAGGAUGUGAAGAUCGUGAGAUUGAUAGCACGUAACAGUAUUGAAGAGAGGAUAUUGGAGUUGCAGGAGAGGAAGAAGAAAUUGGCAAGGGAAGCUUUUGGGAGGAGGGCUUCGAAAGAUCGGAAGGAGAUUGGGUUGGACGAUCUCCGCACGCUCAUGUCCUUGUGAAUGGUGGAGAAGUAGUUGUGCAUAGUUUUUCUCACAAGAAAAUUUUUGUUUGCCUACUUUUGGCUGUUUUCAAUAUUGAUCGGGCGAAUUUCAGACAGAAUGCUGUAACCGGCUUCGACUGUUCUGAAAAUUUUUGUCUAAAACCUAGACCCGACAUAUGUACUUAAGCACAGUUUGCCAUAAACAUGAAUUGCUUUCUACAACCGAGGUUCUUUUC